AUGUGCUGCGGCCAGGUGGCAGGGAGCAGCAAGCAGCAGCAGCAGCAGCAUCGAGGGGACUUGCGGAAACUCCAAACCGUGGACGCAAGUUCUAGAUGGGCCCGCAGCAGCUUCCUGUCUCCGGACGACGCACUGUGGGACCUGCGGAAGCAGGUGAGCGAGGGCACGGAGUUCCGCUGGGCGCUGCACACCUCUAGGACCGACAUCGACUUGGCGACCAGCGCGAAGGCGAAGUGCAGCUGCCACACGUUGACGCCAGACGACAAGAAGCCGAUCGAGCGAUCGGACCUACGGAAGCACCACAGUGCGGAGACCGACAAGUGGAGCCUGCGGCCGGACGAUGGGCAACCACAUGACCUGCGGAAGCACAACAGCACCGACACCCGGAUCUCACGGGAGACGGGCUGGAACCUGCAGGUGCCAGAGGCGCUGCCGAAUCCGAAGCCGCGGUGCGCCUGCGCGAAGGCCAAGGCCGCGCAGCAGGCGGAGCUCCCGGAGGAGGAGCGCAAGGAGCCAAAGAAGGAGCAGAAAAGAGAGCCGAAGAAGGAGUUGAGGCGGGAGGCGAAGUUCCAGUACUCGCAAUCGGUGUCCCCGGACGAACCCCCCGCACUGCCGGUGCCCCAGGUGGCCCAGGUCGAGAAGCCCGAACUGAAGAAGCACGCGAGUGAGGAGCCAAAGUGGACCGAGAAGGCGAAGGACCGGGCCAGGGAGAUGGCGCGCUCCACUAGUACCUCCAAGAAGUGGGACUCCAAGGAGCAGCGGGUGUUGAGUCCGGAAGGCGCCCACAAGGCGCGCUCCAGGUGGGCCGUCAAGUCCCACUUCUCCCUCCCGGUAGAGAGGAAGGACUCCAAGUGGUCCAGGAGCAAGGACGAGCCGAAGAGCAAGAGCACGAAGGACCGCCAUUUCCGGCAGAAGAGCGUCUCGCCCGAGCCGGAUCCGAGACACCUGCUGCGCCUGGACAGCCGGGUCGUCCGGAGACUCAUCUCCCCCGAGAUCACCAUCAGUGGCGACGCCAAAUGGGCGCCCUACGAGGGUUACUCCCCGCUGCCGAACAUCGGCAUCAGGAAGCGCGAGCCAAAGCGCAUUAGUGACAUCAAGUGGACGCCCUACGACGGAUCGCCGACGGAGCCGUCGAGGAGCCUCUCGCCGGACCUGGAGGACCCGGAGUGGUCGUCCCCCGCGGACUACGACCAGGGCGUCACCCCCACGCACCAUCCUCCGCCCGAGGCGGCUCCGACCCUUGACAGCGCCGACGAGGACGAGGAGCGACGCUGGCGAUUCCUGAACAUGAUCUCGCCCUUCCCCAUCUACCAAGGUGCCUGGAAGGACGAGUCGCCCCCCAAGUCGCCGGCGCCGCCACCGCCGAGGGUGCUCACCCCGGACGACCUCUCGCCGCCGGUGUGGUCGCCGCAGGAGCCUUCGCCCCCGCCACCCGAGAGGGAGCCGACCCCCCCACCUAGGAAGCCCUCGCCGAGGAGGCUGAAGAAGCGCGCCCUCAGCAGGGCCAAACGCGCCUCGCGCAGCCGUGCCGAGAGCGUCUUCGCCCCUGAUGAGCGUCCUCCACCUGCUUCUAGGGCCUCUAGCGAAGAGGCCAGGGGACGCCCCAGGCCGGUGCUCCUGAGGUCCAUGGCGCUCCUCGAAGUCCCCACCCAGAUACCUCCGAUCGACCCUACAAAAAGGUCCCUUAGCGAAGAGGUGCCGCGCUAUCGCAUCAGGGAACGCGCCCCUUACAGGGCGCGCAGCGAGGAGGCCCCACGGCCCCCGAGGUUCGUCGAGGCCAACGAGCUCUGCCAGUACGUCACCACGGUUUAGCAUCUGCUCCCCAGGACUCCUACGUAGGGCUCCGCGCGCUGCGGGGGACUCCUGCGAGGGCUCCGCUCGCUGCACGACCCCUCUCUCUUCGCUCACUUC